AUAUUUGGAGUAUUUAAAAAAAAUGGAAUUUCGUAUCCAUCACAACUUGAACAACGAUAUAAAGUUUCAAAUAAUGUUCUUGGAGUCGGUUCCUUUGCUAUUGUAAAAGAAUGUACGGAUAAAGAAACAGGAGAGAAUUAUGCGUUGAAAAUUAUCUCGAAAAAGGCUAUAAAAAAAGGAAAAGAGGAUAUGCUUACCACCGAACUUGAAAUUCUCAAAAAAAUUCAGCAUGAAAACCUUAUAAAAUUACAUGAUUUAUAUGAAACAAAAGAAGGAGUUUUUAUUGUAACAGAUCUUGCAAGAGGUGGAGAAUUGUUUAAUCAACUUGUAUUGAAAGGCUCUUACACAGAAAAAGAUGCGGCCUGUCUGGUACAACAUAUCUUAAAGGGAGUAGCAUAUUUACACGAACACGAUAUCGUGCACAGAGAUUUGAAACCAGAAAAUCUUCUUUUUAAAGAUAAACAAGAAGAUUCAAUACUUAUGAUUACAGAUUUUGGACUUUCCAAGAUUUUAACAAAAAAUGAUGAUAUCUUGAUGACAGCUUGUGGUACUCCAGGAUAUGUAGCUCCAGAAGUUCUUUUGCAAAAAGGUUAUAAUAAGCCAGUAGAUCUUUGGAGCGUUGGUGUGAUCACUUAUACUUUGUUAUGUGGAUAUCCUCCAUUUUAUGGUGAAAAUCAAGCCGAGUUACUUCAAUCCAUCAUGGCUGGACAAUAUGAAUAUGAAGAUGAAGAUUGGUGUGAAAUAUCUAAGGAUGCUAUAGAUUUGGUUGACAAAUUAUUAUGUUAUAACCCGCUAGAUAGAAUCACAGCAAAGCAAGCACUUCAACAUAGUUGGUUCCAUUCAGCAGCAGAUGUUAAUCUUCUCGAUAAUGUACGAAAAAACCUUUCACCAAAAGAUGCAUUUAAAAGAGCAGUUCAUCUUGUUCAAGGCGUCAAUCGAUUACGAAAUUUACCAAAGAAUAAGAAAAAGAUUAAUAAAAGCGUAGAUAAUAGCACUGUCAUGCAAGAACAUGCCAUUACCGAAAGUGGAUUAAAUAAAUAA